AUGAUUGCGCCACGCCUGUCUAUGCCAGCUAUAGUGAACGCUCAGUCUCUCGUUGCUAAGCUUCGUCAGCUGAACUGUGAGAAGAACUACUGUCAUCCCAACAACCUUCCUGGCUUUACUGCGUCGGCAUUCUACAAGGAGUCGUCCAGCCCGCUUGACCAGCUAGUGCAGACCGCGCGUCUCUGUCACUGGCUUCUUUCCCAGCUUGGUAUUUCUGUCCAGGGGGUCAGCGAAUUUGACGACCCCAUUGCCAUUUCCACUGACCUAUUGGUUGCUUGCAAAGAUAUAGUUAACGUAGCGAACAUUCCACCUCACCGCAUAAGAAUGGGGUACGGAGACGACCUUACAGCUCUGGUUUUGGGGAUUGCCGAUGCAUGUCUAGCCAAAUUGCAGCCAAACAUUGUUUCUUGGAAAUCACUAGGCUCAGAAAACGCUAAUGCCGGGGUAGAACGAGAUAAUGACGACGAUGACGCCCCCAUCUUGGACGAUCUCAUUGUGGACGAUGCACUCAUAGGCACCAUGACUGCUAAAAAAGGAACAUUUACAACCGCAGCUGGAUUGGCAACUGGUUCCCUGACAACUGAUUCUGGCUGUAUUGCCCCAGGGCUUAUAUCCGAAGCAGACUGGGAACAGGAGCUCAUGGCUGUGGACAGUCAGCUGGGAGGCAAGCAGCUGGGAGGGGUCUAUGCUGGACAGGAUUGGCGCAAGGAUGUUGUUUCCAUGUCACUCCUUGCUAAGGCCCUGUCAAAGGAGACAGGGUCGUGCGCUCAAUCCAUCAGUGGCCUUGUGACAGACUUUGGCAAGCAACUAGAGCGUAUUUCCACGCGUGAGCAGCAUCUUAAUAGCCAGGUAGGCCAGUAUAGCGCAAAGCUGGGAGACGCUAAUAGAACUCAUGCUGGAGUAACGGAAGAACUUGCUGAACUUUCUCAAUCGAUUUCAGCCUUAACUGGGGAGCUAUCUACAAUAAACGAGAAACUCCGAGCCCUCAAGGUUGAGCUACAAGUGGAAUCAGCCCGUGCCUCUGACACAAGCAACAUCCACAUUGUGAAGACAGCAUUUUCAUCCCUUUCUGGAGAGAUUAGGCAGCUGGAUCUGCGCAUCACAUUGGCGCAACAACGCCUGUUCUCUAUUGCUCCACCAGAGCCCAACACUGUCAGGAUAUGA